CCGGAGCGGAGCGGAGCGGUGGGGCGUCGUGGUGUCGCCGUGUGCAUGUUUGCGUCGGGCAUGGCGUCCCCGUCGCGGAGGCUGCAGACGAAGCCGGUCAUCACCUGCCUCAAGAGCGUCCUCCUCAUCUACAGCUUCGUCUUCUGGUUCUCUGGCAUUAUCCUCCUUGCCGUGGGCAUCUGGGGUAAGCUGAGCCUGGAGGUGUAUUUCUCCCUGUUAAACGAGAAGGCCACCAACGUUCCCUAUGUCCUGAUUGGCACAGGAACAGUUAUCAUCCUCCUAGGCACCUUUGGCUGUUUUGCUACUUGCCGUGGAAACACAUGGAUGCUAAAAUUGUAUGCGAUGCUCUUAACCCUUGUCUUCCUUAUUGUGCUGGUUGCAGCCAUCAUUGGCUUCAUCUUCAGGCACGAGAUUAAGGACAGCUUUAAGAAAAACUACAAAGUGGCUGUGGAGAAGUACAACAGGACCACAGAUGAGCGCAGUAAGGCAGUCGACGACAUCCAAGUGGCGUUGCAUUGCUGUGGUGUCGCCAACUUCACCGACUGGGAGACGAGCCGCUACUUCAACCUGAACGGAAUUCCCCCGAGCUGCUGCAAGUCCCAGGAUGACUGUAAGACGGAUGAUCUGAAGGAUCUGUCGAAGGCCAAGGGGAAGGUGUAUGACACGGGUUGUUACAAUCUGGUGAUAGAAACGAUGGACUCCAAAAUGAGCAUUGUAGCCGGGAUCUCUUUCGGCACAGCGUGCUUCCAGUUGGUUGGGAUCUUCCUUGCCUGUUGCCUCGCGAGAUCCAUCACAAAUAACCAGUAUGAAAUGGUGUAAUGUGAAGUUCUACAAGUUUGCAACUUACUAGAAGAAGCAUACCAGAACCAAAGUAGCCUCAGCAACGCAAAAAAAUAAAAGCGUUCCCUUCGCCCCCAUCCCCACCAAUUAAGCCAUUUGAACUCUCAGGCUAGACUACUGCAAUGUGUGUUUAGGUAGGCUUGUCCUUGAUGGCUGUUCCGAGGCUUCUGCUGGCGCAAAAUACCGAGGCCUGCUAUUUGAAGGAGGUUUGCCAUCAGGGGCGGAUUAUUAACCCACGCUUCGGUGUUGCUCUGUUGCCUUCUGAGCUUAGUACAGAGCACUGAUGAACGUAUGUAAUACUUUGACCCUAGUUUGCACCAAAUCCUGUCACCUAUCCCUGUGUUUUGCCGUGACUUUUGAGAACAGAUGGGAAUGCUCUCAGGUUCAUUAUGCACCAAAUCACAUUGGCGCCGGUGAGCACGGCGAGGCAUCCGUGGUAGCUGUCAACAUUUGAAUGCUCUUCCUCUGGGGACUUGCCAAAGCCAGAGCCUGUGUGACUUCCAAUAAGGAUUUGAGAUUUCUCCCCCUCCCACCUAAAACCACCCUUUCACUACCCCUGACUUUUGAUGGGCAGAGUCAGGGCAGGAUCACUCUUAACUAAUCUGAUAUGUUGAGCUUUACAUCUAGUAAAUAAUGAACACGUGAAUUAAAAUCUGCGUGUUGACUCACAGCAAUAAGCCAGCAUUCCCCCACCUGCUGGGUUUCGUAGGCCAUGUUGAAGGAUGGCAGCUGACAUUAACACUAAGGCUGCAGGUGCACAGGCUGUUUCAGCAUCGUGAACUCUUAAGGCUGCAGUCUUAAGCUCCCUUGCUGGAGAGGGAGUCCCACUGAACUCGGCGGGACUCGGGUUUUGAGUAAAUGUGCCUAGGAUUGCGGCCUAAAUGUGCGUUUAAACCCUGCCUUGCUAUGCUCUCCAGGUGUGAAAGCGAGAAGUGCAUCUUGGAAAAGAAGGACGCAGCUUUACCCUGGAGCUGUCUGCACGUUGCCAGAGAAGGCGUUGCCCUGCUUCUUUUCCAAGCUGCCUUGCCAACCGCUCCCCUGCUGAAUAACCCAGCUUUAAAAGGGGGUUGGAUAAAUUCCUGGAGGCGAAGGCUGUCAACGGCUACUAGCCCUGAUGGUUGGGUGCUAUCUCCAGUAUUCGAGGCAGUAAGCCUGUGUGCCGCAGUUGCUGGGGAACAUGGGUGGGAGGGUGCUGUUGCACCAUGUCCUGCUUGUUCAUCCCUGGCCGAUGGCUGGUGGGCCACUGUGUGAACAGAGUGCUGGACUAGAUGGACUUUUGGUCUGAUCCAGCAUCAGGGCUCUUCUUAGAGUUUUAUUGGCCCUCCCAGUAACUGAUUCUACUUGGUGUGGUUUUACAUAGGGGGAGCUCAAAAUUUCUUUCUUUUCCCCCGAAACCAACUUCCUAGCCUGAUAGGCCUUGGAAAGGUAGCACCUCCCUGUCAUUUUCCAUAGCAGCCCCCCUCCCUGAAAUUGGGAGGGAGAAAAACACGGGAUUGUUCCUUUUGUGCCUGUUGAAGGAAGCCGGCCCUCUUCAGAGCGUUGGCUUUCCCCCGUCAUCUCUCCUUUCCUGACUGCUGCUUUUAUACAACUUUGGGGGGAAAUGUCCUAUUUCGAUAAAGCCUCUUCGAUCGGGCUGCGGUGAACUUUUGCGUGUAUGUAUGUAUUCUGAGGCUCUGUGGGAGGGCAUUUAACCUUAACAGUCAUUGCCCCGCUGGGUUGGGCCUGACUUUGAUAAUCAGUAUUACAGGAUGCUUUAAUACAUUUUGGGGUGGGUGGGUGGGUAUUGCAUAGAGUAUCCUCUCCUUGUCUUGAAAACAAAAUAAACACUUGCCUACUUUUUACUCUU